AUGACUCAGUUCAAGAAAGUUCGGAGCAUUCUCAAUGCUUUUAUGAACCGGAAGACCAAUGACGAGGCCACAGGGCCACUGCAGCAGGACAAAGACAAUCAAAGUCGAGAAGCGGGUCCUUCACACCAAAAAACGCCACCGUUGCCUCAAGAGUCCGAAGAUUCUGAUGACGACUUUUGCGGCGCCCUUACAGAAGUUGCAGCCCCUGAGCCCGUCGAGCGCAUGUCGGAAGCGGAAUUGGCGCGUCAUCCUUCCCUAGAGCAAGGUUAUGCAGAUUCCAGAGAUGACCCUUAUGGGGCCCUGAGCGAAAUCGCAGCUCCCGGGCCUGUCGAGAGAUGCUCGGAGGAAGAGAUGGCACGCCAUCCCUCCCUGGAACGGCGACUUUCAAGGAUUUCACAUUGUUGA